AAACAUCACACACCAAGAUCAGAAACAUCAAUUCCAAGCAAGCAUUCAUAACCACAAAUCAAACAUGAAGACCUUCCUCAUCUUGGUCCUCCUUGCCAUGGCGACGAGCAUGGUCACUGCUGCUAGGCCGCUAAACCCUAGCGACCAAGAGUUGCAAUCACCACAACAACAAUUUCCGGAAGAACAAUCAUAUCCGCAGCAACCAUAUCCACAGCAAGCAUUUCCCAUACCCCAACAAUAUUCCCCGCAUCAACCACAACAACCAUUUCCUCAACCCCAACGACCAACCCCCCUCCAACCACAACAACCAUUCCCCCAGCAACCCAAACAACCACAACAAUCUUUUCCCCAGCCCCAACAACAAUUCCCCUUGCAACCACAACAACCAUUUCCCCAGCCUCAACAGCCGAUUCCCCAACAACCACGAAUACCAUUCCCGGAGCAACCCCAGAGACCCCAACAACCACAACAAUCUUUUCCUCAGCCCCAACAACAAUUCCCCUUGCAACCACAACAACCAUUUCCCCAGCCCCAACAACCACAACAACCAUUCCCCCAGCAACCCCAGAGACCACAACAAUCAUUCCCCCAGCAACCAGAACAAAUAAUUCCCCAGCAACCGCAACAACCAUUCCCCCUACAACCGCAACAACCAUUCCCCCAGCAACCAGAACAAAUAAUUUCCCAGCAAUCCCAACAACCAUUCUCUCUGCAGCCACAACAACCAUUUUCCCAGCCCCAACAACCAUUAUCCCAGCAACCAGGACAAAUAAUUCCCCAGCAAUCCCAACAACCAUGCCCCCUCCAACCACAACAACCAUUCCCCCAGCAACCAGAACAAAUAAUUCGCCAGCAACCGCAACAACCAUUCCUCCUACAAUCGCAACAACCAUUCCACCAGCAACCAGAACAAAUAAUUUCUCAGCAACCCCAAAAACCAUUCUCUCUGCAGCCCCAACAACCAUUUUCCCAGCCCCAACAACCAUUUCCCCAGCAACCAGGACAAAUAAUUCCCCAGCAACCCCAACAACCAUUCUCCCUGCAACCUCAACAACCAUUCCCCCAGCAACUCCAACAACCAUUCGCUCUGCAACCACAACAAUCGUUCCCCCAGCAACCACAACAACCAUUUCCCCAACCCCAACAAGCAUUCCCAGAACAAGCAGAACAGAUAAUUCCCCAGCAACCCUAACAACCAUUCCCUCUGCAGCCACACCAACCUCAGCAACCUUAUCCACAACAACAACCAUCUGGAGUAGCGGUAUAGGCAUCAGGGGCCAAUGAAACGAAGAGCUAUAGUACUAGACCGGUGGAUCAUCGGCGUUUAGUCAAUGGAGUGUUCAGUGUAACGAUGAUAAAUAAAAGUGAUGUGUACCAUCAUGUGUAACACCGACCUAUACUAGUUCAAACAUGAGAAUAAAAGACAAAGAAAGUUAUUGUCACAA